AUGUUCCAGCUAUCCAUAAUCAAAGAUACCCUCUCUGUACACCCUUCAAACUUUGGCGUCCCACCGGACGAGGCGCUGAUUGCAGAGAUCAACAAAAAGUACGCGAAUAGGGUGCUUCAUGAUCUUGGUCUGUGCGUGUGUCUUUUUGACCUCGUACAGGCGGGUGAGGGGAAGGUGAGGUACGGGGAUGGGUUUUUGUGGUAUAAAGUGGUGUUUAGGAUGGUUGUGUUCAGACCGUUCACUUCUGAAGUUAUCAUUGCGAAAGUCAAGUCGUCCGAUGAGGAUGGGAUUCGAUUAACAAUAGGUUUCUUCGACGACAUGCACAUACCAGCCGCCUACCUCCCACAACCAUCCGCAUUCGACCCAAACGAACGCGCCCACUUCUGGCUCCCCUCCCCCCCUUCCCCUCCUUCCUCUCCCUCUCACACCACCUCUGCCCCCUCUCUUCUCGACUCCCUAGUCUCCUCAAGGAUGUACAUCGACCAAGGCGAGAUCCUCCGCGUCCGUGUCGAAGCAGACCAGUUCUGCGAUGACGAGCCUGGCCCACAGAAAUUUGUCGAGGGCGUUGGGGCUGAGGCCAAGGGGAGGGUGAGGGCGCCUUAUAAUGUUGUUUGCUCGAUUGCGGAACAGGGAUUGGGUCCUGUUGCUUGGUGGACUGGGGAGACGGAGGAUACUGGAGAUGUGGAUGCGGAGGGGGAUGCGAUGGAAGAGGGGUAG